ACCACCAUAAACGCCUGUUGCCCGUACAUCCACACCACUACGACUUUGCAAAACUCGGGGCUAGGGACGAUUCCUUCUCUCCCUUUCCGUCUCUCCGUCUUGCCUUUUGUCUUAUUCAUCCCACUCAUUUGGAUAAGUUUUUCUUGAUACUGGUCUUUUUGGUUGCUCAGAACGUGCCGCUACUCUAUUCGUCGCAAUGGGCUUUUUCUCGGAUCCCAAACCAUUGUCUGCCGUUACGGGCUUUAUUGAAACAUACACAUCGGACAGAUAUGCCGAGGACGACGUUUCCGGUAUAGUCCAAUUAUGCGAGGUCAUCAAUCUUCAGAGCACCGGUCCCUCUGAAGCUGCUCGUGCUAUUCGUAAGAAGCUCAAGUAUGGAACUGAGCAUCAACAACUUCGUGCGCUCUCUUUGCUGCAGGCACUCAUCGAGAACGCGGGUCCGACAUUUGUGCAUAAUUUUUGCGAUUCACGGCUGGUUGACCGAAUUGCCGCACUGACAACAGAAGUUGACGUGCCGAAAAGUGUGCAAAAACGUACAGUACACUUAAUUCGUUUAUGGCACACAGAAUAUAACGACGUGGAGGGCAUGCAGUCGCUCUGUGCUUUAAGCAAUCGUUUACCACACGGAAAGCAGGCUUUCCGGGCUCGUGGUUCUUCUCGCGAUGGCGCCGAGACGACUACGCACCGUACGGUAGACAUGAAGAAGGCGACUCCCAUGUUAGAGAAGCUGAUUGCAUCUGCUAACUUUGCUUCUACAAAUCUCACAAACGCCGUUCAGCGUCUUAACCCCAACAUUCAAAGUCCCGCCGAGAACAAGCAGGUCGUUCAAUCUUACAACGAUUGUCGUCGACUUCGUCGCACAAUCCUUCGUUAUGUCCAGGCGAUUACGGAUGAAAUGUGGUUGGGCACUUUGUUGAAAGCCAAUGAUGAAAUCAACAAAGCCAUUGAAUUGUUUAAAAACAGUGAGGAGUCUCACAACACACGCAGCGAUGACGGAGCAACUGAAAGCGACUAUGCCUCUACCGUCUACACAAGUUCUUCUGGCCGCACUAGUCGACGUCCUUCUCGCAACCGUCACUUCGACGCCGAGCAUACGUACGCUAAUGUCAACGAGGAAGACGAAGAAGCCGACAUGGAAGAUGAUGACGAUGACGAAAACAAUCCUUUUAGCGAUCGCAACCGUGUCGAUUAAUGUUGUUUGGCUUUGCUUAUAAUUGAAAGUGUACAUAGGAACAAGACUGCGGGGCUAAAUGUGGAACAAAUGUGGAGUAAUCGCCAAUCUUAACUGGA